AAUGACCAAUGAGUAAAUAUUAUAACCUGGCAUGAUUCAACAGUAGGCUAAAAGACGUAAAUGGUAUAAACAGACAUCGGCGUAAAAUGUAAACAUGAUUGCAUAGUUUCUAGUUUUCUGUCAGUUAUGAAAGAUGUACGAAAUUUUAAAAUAAAGGAGUUGCCGGAUUCUGCAUAUUAUAUUCCUCAAUUCAUAACACCAGCUGAAGAAUCAUACCUUCUAGAAAAAGUGUAUGCUUCUCCUAAACCAAAAUGGAAGACAUUAUCAAAUAGGAAAUUACAAAAUUGGGGAGGACUUCCGCAUCCUAAAGGAAUGAUAGAAGAAGAAUUACCGGAGUGGCUGAAAGAUUACGUGAAAAAAGUUAAAGAUCUUAAUAUAUUUGAAGAUAAAGUUCCGAAUCAUGUAUUAGUAAAUGAGUAUCUUCCUGGACAAGGUAUCAUGCCUCAUGAAGAUGGACCUCUCUUUUAUCCUACAAUUGCAACAAUUAAUCUUGGAUCACAUACUAUAUUAGAUUAUUAUGAGAAAAUUAAUGUUUUAGAACAUUCUAAGACAGAAACAGAAAGCAAUUAUGUUGGAUCAUUGCUUUUAGAAAGGUGCAGUCUUCUUGUAGUUCAGCAUGAUUUAUAUCACAAGUACCUUCAUGGAAUACAGGAGAGAGAAGUGGAUAUAAUUAAUAACAAAAUAAAGAAUUUAAAUGCUUGUAAUAAUCCAGUUGGAUGUGAACUAAAAAGAAACACAAGAAUUUCAUUAACUAUAAGACAUGUACCACAUACUGUCAAAGCAAAGUUUAUAUUUGGAGUAAGAUAAUAAAUAUUACAUAUAUUGUUUCAUUGA